AUGGACGAAGAUGUUGCCAUGAUGGCCGUGGAUGGUCAGGAGACACCCACCUCGACAAGCAAUUCCCGGUCGGUUGCCCCACCGGCAUCGCCGCAAGAUCUCAGCUCUGUUUGGACAGCGGAAAACUCAACCCAACAGCGAAUUAUCCAAUUCAUUACCCGAUGGCCGCCAAGCCGCACACCGUUCGCGUAUGGACCGUGGAUUUACGCGUCGCGAGGAGGCAUGAGCGAAGGGAUCGCAGGACAAAACAUUCCCGGCCUGAAGGCAGCGUUCCAAGCCCUCCUAGGUGCAGGCCGGGUUACCGUCGACACGGUUGACCAAAUCUCAAAGACAAACAACGUGGUGACUGGCAAGUGGAUGGGCGUCGUCAAGGUUUCUACAUGCAAGGAGGGAGAAAAACAUGUAAUCUGCAUCUACGUCAACGAUUAUACCAACAAACCAGAGGUCGACGCGUUGCGCAAGGGCCUCAGGAGUCUCGGUGUCAAAUGGAGGAUUGGUUUCAAAACCGACGCGUAUACCCACCUCAACAUUUACAAAGACAACCCUUGGAACCUGCGGCCUUCGCGAUUCCACGAGUGA